AUGCAUCUACGGCUUCAUCCCGGAGAAGUUAGGUAGACGAGACUUCAUUUUCGUAGUAGUUCUUCUACAGUUUUCCCGGCGGCAAAAUUGAUGCGCAUAUGAAUGAGGAGCCCGUGACAGCUGCUCUUCGUGAGUUAGAGGAAGAGGUUGGUAUCCCAAAGAGAUUUGUUGAUGUAUGGACGACGUUCUGCCCCUGUCCGACGAAGGUGCGUCUGCUUACUUUUUUUCCGUUUGCCCGUAAUUCCUUUUUUUCCUCGACAAUUUAAUUAUUUUAUUGGUUCAGCAGCCGUUAUAACCACAUCUUUGACGCGGAACUUAAGCACUGCUCUGAUUUCUUUUUAUUGCUGAAAUUCAAUAUUUACCUGCGGCGGCUUUUGCGAUGACUGAAUCGACCGACGUGUUAACUUCGUCACAAAUAAUCGGUUUCCGCUUCUUUCACUCGGCAGCUGACUCUUGAACGAAGUUAAGGAAGUUGGUAUGCCAGCCCCGAAGACCUCAGGAUCAGAGACGCGCUUUAGGCGAGCCCUCAUCUCGUCCGCGGAAUUUUUGUUUGACUACCUCGAUGCAGUUGGCAACCAGGGCAUUGUUCGGACGAAUGAGUUUGCCUGCAAGUCGACACAUCACGCGCCCAACCAUUUCAGGCUGAUGAGCGACCCAUCCGCUAAUUUAAAUCUCGACCAGAAUAGUUCUGGGAUAAAAUAUUUUUUGGAUGCACUCGCCAUGUUUCGCAUUCAUACGCAAGGAGUGUCUUGAUCGUAUCCUCGUUCGAACGUCGGACAGAUCAUACACCCAGAUCGGAUAUUUCUACGGACUUGCCUGCCUCCUAGACCACGAUUUUUGCCUUCAACCGUGGUCAGAGCGAUUGAUAGGACCGUGUAUCCCGAGUUGUCACCCUUGUUUUUGCGGAUUUGCAUCUUAAACGCCCUUCAAAUGCUUCUUGCCUAUUUGAGACUGAACGUGUAGUCCUUUGCAACUGCAUCUUUAUUAGUACAAGAAAGAUGCGUAUGACUUCGACUUUGACCUAUUAAGACUGCGGGCUGGUCCGUUAGUGCGCUGUCAGUGACCAACAGAACACUAGGUGGAACCACGUGCUCUGAAGUAUUAAAUUAUGUUUCCUUAAAUAAACAAGUAGGCAUUUAUUUUACGUUACGUAAAACCGAGGCGAACGUUCCAUUCCAUUCUUUGAUUCAAAUAACCUACGUUUAUGCGGGGGUUACUUUUACCUUGUAGUCCACCUCUAGUUUCAUCAACCCCGUAGUCGGUUUCUGCGGCUACUACAACUCGCAAACCGACACCCUUUCUAACCGUCCUGGCUCUGACCACUCCUGUAGUGGUGCCAUCAAACUGGCAGUCAACGAAUCAGAAGUUGAGAGCCUCAUCUUUCGAUCCAUUGAUUGGCUGUGCGACAAGCGCAACUUCCACCACGCCUUCGUCUGUGAGCAUCGAGCCGUCCCAUUCACCGGCAUCUCCACUCUGCGAUCGCGUCCCUAUAAAGCACGCCCACGGCCUUCUCCAGACAGCAUGCGCUUUGCAGUGCCCGUGUUUGGCGGUCCACCGGGCAAAUCCGACUGGCCGCGUAUCCGGGGCCUCACGGCCUGGAUGACUUACCAAUUCCUCAGUUGUCUUCUGCCCGAUGGCAUGCAUCAGAACCCCUUGCUACCAGGCGUGUUUGAUCGACACUUUUAG